AUGUACCCCGCGGCCCUCCUCCUCUCCCUCCUCGCCGCGCUCGCGACCGCCCACGGUGCUGCGCUCCCGCGCACCCCGCGGCCCUCCUCCCUCCAGCUCAUCACCCCGCGUACCCCCGACGACGCACCAGCCGACACCCGCACCGCGCUCGACCGCGUGCUCGACGAGGCGCUCAACCAGCAGCUCAAGGCGGCGCAGGCGCUGCCCGCGCACGAGCAGGCACAGCUCCGGCGCCGCGCGGCCGAGCGGGCAGAGGAGCAGGCCGCCGACCUCGCCAAGCGCGACCCCGGCGUCUCGACGUCCCCGCUGUACAACGUCGCAGGGGACAUGUCGUACGGCAUCGAGAUCGCCGUCGGCACCCCGCCACAGACGUUCUGGGUCAUGGCCGACACGGGCUCGGGCGACCUGAUUCUCUGGGACAAGAACUGUACCGACUGCGGCAGCGCGCCGCGCUUCGACAGCUCCAAGUCCAAGACGUUUGCCGCGUCCCGCCUCUCGCCGGCCCUGCACAACUUUGCGUACGGCAGCGGUAAGGGCCAGGGGUCUUGGGUCUCUGAGACGGUGUCUAUUGGCUCGGCGUCGGUGUCGGCGUACAACGUCACCCUCGUGACGUCUGGUGACAUUGCCGCGACCGCCGCGCCCCCGCUGUCCGGCAUCGCAGGGUUCUUCCUCAACGGCCACCCGACCGCGCUGUGGAAGGCCAUCGCCGACGCCAACGCGUGGACGGACAAGCAGUUCGGCUUCUACCUGAAGCGCAAGAACAGCGACCGGACGUACGGGUCGUCUGCGGACGGCGGCGAGCUGUCCCUUGGGGGCGUCAACACGAGCUACAUGGACAGCGACAUGGAGUACUACCCGGCCGACGCGAGCGCGUGGUGGCGGCUGGCGCUGCACUCGAUCGUCGUCGGCAACGGGACACAGCCCGCGGCGAACAUCAGCACGAACAACACGCUUACCAUCAUGGACACGGGCGCGACGCUCAUGUCGCUUCCGUUCCCGUACGCCAAGGCGCUGUACGACGCGAUCCCCGGGUCGCAGGUGGCCAAGACCGACUCGAGCGGCAACCCGGCAGCAUGGAGCAUCCCGUGCAACACGCAGACGCCGGUCGGCUUCAAGUUUGCGGUCGAGUACGCGCGCACAUGGUACGUCGCGCCCGCCGACCUCACGCGCGGCCAGGUGUCGGCCAACUCGACGCAGUGCGUCGGCGCCAUCGUGCCCGGCGGAUCGCAGCUCGGCGCGGCCUUUCUCAAGAACGUCUACUCGGCGUGGAAGUACGACCCGCCCAUGAUUGGCUUUGCCAAGCUCAAGGACCAGUAUAAUGUCAACCCGAACGGACCUUAUGUGUAG